AUGCUCUAUCCCAGGAGUCUCCUAAUUUGCUAAGCAAAGGGCCAGUUUACGGUCCUUCAACCCUUAGAGGGGCCAGACUGUGUCCAGUGGGACUAGAAAAUGCCCCGGCAUCAGUGUGCAGAAACAAUAUUCUAUCAUUGGUUUUAUUUGGAGAAAAAUAGCGCCAUUACUGGUGUCAAUGGGAGGAAUGGUGUCCCAUCAUUGGUGUCAGUUGGUGGAAUAAUGCCCCAAGGGCCAGAUAAAGGCAACAAAUGGCCACAUCCAGGCCCCCGGGUCACAGUUUGGAGACCACUGCUCUAUCCGGCUGUUCUGUUAAAAUAAAGGUAGGUAUAUAAGCUGCAUCAUUGCGAUCAUGAGAUGGCAUGGAGAUCCACAAAUUAGUAGCAUUUGCUUCAAUGCUAACUCCAUCA